GUUUCGGUACGCCCAAACUGUCUUGACUGUAACUUUUCUAUGGAGGUUAAAUAUUAUUGUGUAAUAUUUUUGAUGACAAGUUUAUACAAAUAUUUAGAUAUUUUAUGGUCAAAUUAAAAAUAAACUGUCAGCAAAUUUGUCCCUUUUUUUUUUUUACAUUUUUCAUCUCAAACUUUGAUUCAGGCUCAAUAAAUUAGUUUUUUAUAAAUAAUCCUGCAGGUCGAAGCAUGUUCGGAUCUUCAGUGGACUUUUCAUUUAAGGAGAUUAACACAAUUUCAGAUGUGCUCUCCGAUGUACCGAAUUCAUCUGCUCAUCCACCAAAGCGUGACUCUGAGAAGAAGUUUAUCAGCAUGUCAUUCAGACUCAACAACAACUCUAUCAAGGACCUUACAGGACUGAUGGACACUCUUUCAGCGCUUUUCUCUGAGCCGACUCGUCUGGCCUGGCUCGAUCUUUCCUUCAAUGAGAUUAAACACAUCGAUUCAGUUCUCACUCAACUCAAAGAAUUGCGCUUAUUGUAUCUGCAUGGAAAUAAUAUUCAGGAGUUGUCGGAGGUGGAUAAACUUGCAGUGUUGCCGUCGCUCCACACCAUCACUCUUCACGGGAAUCCCAUAGUGAGCGAGCGAGAUUACAGGGCUCAUUUGAUCGCUACGCUUCCUCAUGUGAAGAUGAUUGAUUUCAGCGCCGUCACCAAACAGGAACGAGAGUUGACUUCAGUUUGGCAGAAGAGCAGAAACACACACAAAUCCACAGGUUACAGCAAAUCAGACUGAAUCAGACUUCACCAAAAUCCUACACUGAAAAAAAAAAAAAGAUUGUAUUUACAACAUUGUUUUAAGGUAAGUGGUUGCAAACUAUUUAUAUGGGCUGAAUUUAAACAAACUAAUUAAGUUAAACAUUAUUACAUUUAAUUUGUUUGUUUAAAUUCAGUCCAAUUUGCAACAACAUACCCUAAAAAAUGUAAAUCCAAUCAUUUUUUUCAGUGUAACGUGACAUACAGUAGAUAGACUGAGUCAAAUAAACAUUCAUUUCGAGCUGCAA